AUGAACGAAACACCCGUCCUCGUCAAGCAGAAGCGGCUUUCGACGCCCACGCCGGGCCAGCUGCUGGCUGCUCGGCAGCGUCCUGCUGAUGACUUUUUUGCUCACCUGGAGCCCGCAAAAGUCGUCGAAGCAUUGGCGCCGCCCGAUGGCGUUCUCAGGGGGUGCCUCGCAGAAGCUUCCGCGCUCGAGCGGGACUUCGCAAUGCGAACGGCCGUGGCAUCCCAGAAGAUCUGGCAAUGGCUCAACGAGCUGAACCAGUGGAAUUGGCCAAAACAAGUGGGGUCUGGGGGCUUCCUGGAGCCGAGCAACACGCAAAGGAAGCUUUUCGCUCAGGCCCCGACCCCUGAAGAGGCUGGAAGGAAGCAGUACAUGGGGAGCCUCCUUGCUGAAGAGGUGGAAAAAUACGAAACAAGAAUCAACCAAAUCAACAGAGACAUGGAUGAGCUGGAUCUCGAGGAGAUCAAAGGCCAUGUCAUGAACGACCACAUCCUGCCGCUGUCGAGACCGGGUACCCCAAUGAACAUGGACCCCAGUCGAUCGAUGCUAUCGGCCUUAUCGAGCUAUCACAAAAUGGAGGACAUCUCCGUCCUCAUCACCGCCAUUGUCGUGCAGACCCUGCCCAAUCUGGCAAAGCUGUCUCGGCUGCUGCAGCUGUGGCAUAUGCGCAUCAUCGUCCUUCGGCACGUCAAUCCCUUCCUUAAAGCCAUCCAAGAUGUCGAGGCGCUUCUUGGAGAGAACUGGGAGGCGAUUUCUCAAUCCCACUGGGAGAUGGAGCGCCCAAGCAGAAAAGCCAUCGUCUUGCCUGCUCGUACCCUGACGGGCAAAGACUUUAACGCCAGAAAACAGUCACUUGCGCUCAAAGUUGCCGAGCCCGGCCGGACGCUGGAUUAUAUGCUAGACUGCUUGGAGGGCGCUCCAGACACCCUCCCGGAUGAGUGGCUCACUCGUAUGGAAGAUGUGGAACAGGGUUACGGAGAAUGGGUUUCCGCUUGCGAGCGAAAGAUGGCCGAAGCCAAACUCGCAAAGUCAAAGCCCAAGCCUACACCUCUUAGAAAGACCUCGUCGCUCUCGCCAUCUCCAACAAGGGCUCAUCACUCCGUCGGCAACAGAGAAGUUAGCCCGGCGAACACUGGCAACAAACUUUCACCGCCAUUACUGCUGGUACCCGGCACCGGUGAUUCGGACCAUGGAGCGUACCUGGAUCCCAUCGCAGAGGAUGAAUUGUCCUCAUCCGAAGACCACUUCACGCCCGGGUCUGGGGCAAGCUCUUUCAGGAGCUCUCGCAAACCAAGAUCCAUCGCCGACAUUGAUGGUUCCUCUCCUGAGGAUCUUGGCAUGAUGGAGGACCACAUGUCAGCCAUCAGCGAAGAAGAUGAGCUUGAACUACCACCUCUGCGAAAUGGCCUCAGGCGCGGCAGCUUUGGUUCCCCAACAUCUACCGCACUUCAUCACUCCCCCAAAUACACCGACGACCCAUCGAGUGAGUUUAUUGAAGUGUCCGCAUCUCCUGCCGUUCCCAAGAGUCGACUUCGCGAGGCGUUUUAUCCGGAGGAUGAUAGCCCACCAAGCUCUCCUCCAGAGGUAAGCCGCCGCGUUAGAGAAAGCUCCAUGGGCCUGCUCGAUAGCCCCAUGGUUGCGGAGACGGCCGAAGAUGAUGAGUCAUUCUUACAAUCAACAUUCGAAGAUUCCUUCAUGGACGACUUUGAGGAUUCGUACACUCCCGACUUGCCUGGCCCGCCUUCUCGCCGGGAAAGUGCUGGCGAGCAGCAGCUACGACUGCAAAUCAGCCAGAUUAUUGAAUCCAUACCGGCCAAAAUCAAGCUCACAAAUGGAACAUCGGGCAUCAACCUUAACCCGCCAGAUCUUCAACUCCCUCGCUUGAGGAAGAAACCGUCCAAGGAGCCGGUUAAAAGGAGCACGUCCGGCAUGUCCACGCGGACUGCUACGCCUUCUUUUACCCUCUCUCCAGUAAAACAGAGGACACGUUCCAAGGGUCACUAUCCGAUUAGGGUCUAUCAUCUCUCUAGAUCGGAAAAUGAGGCCCCCAUCAAGCUGUUCAUCCGCUGUGUGGGAGAACACGGAGAGCGAGUAAUGGUUCGCGUUGGUGGUGGGUGGGCUGACUUGUCCGAGUACCUGAAGGAAUACGCCAGCCAUCAUGGCCGCCGUUCCAACGGCAGAGAAACGGUCAAAGUAGAGGUUCGCGAUAUUCCUCGUGCCUCCAAUGGACCUUCUAAUUCUAGUCCUCCAAGCCGGCCACCUACUGCUACUGGUGAUCGCACUUCUGUGAGUCCCAUGGCAGCAGCACGCAAGCCACGGAGGAGUAGUGUCAACAACUCCCUGCGCCCAAAGACUCCAGUGACACCAGGUCAGCCGGCGGAAGGCACGCCUCCAUCUGAGGGCUCGGCUAUUUCGAGGCCUAGUUCCCGACUUAGCUGGGCAGAGGAUGAGAGCUCCUUCUUGGGUCUAGCAGGACCAAAAGCCAAGAAGAUAGAGAUGAGUGAGGAGAGCAAAGCUUGGGUUGAAAGCAUCAAAGAGAAAGUACUCAUGGCCAGUGGCCCGGAUAAAAAGCCAAAUGAGAAGAAGUUUGGCGAGAUUGGAAAGGCUGGUGGCACAAAGCGCGUGUUCAGGAGAGCCUGAGCGCCCCCCCCCCCCUUUUCCCUUUUUUCCUUUUUUAUUUUUCAUUUGAGGAUACGACGGAUGUGCCAUACAUGGAAAGGCGAGAAACAAUUUCCUAGAGUAGGGUGGGAGCUGAUUUACGGGGAUGAGGAAACUUGUCAUUUUUUAUUCGCAUGUUUAGAAGAUCAUGCAAGGAGUUUUGUUUGGGCGGGCAUUGGCGGGCAUAGCAUGUCAUAGUGUUACAGAAACGUCUGCAUGAGGUGUCAUUGCGGGAGCGAGUUAUAGGCAUUGUCGGAGGAUACCCAUAUAUAGCUAGCGGAUUUACCAAUUUGUGGAAUUCAAAUCAUAUAUAUACCCCUUA